UUAUAAAACUAGUGGCGGCAACGAAAAGCAGCUUCAGUACAGCCGAGAGCAGCGCAAGGUCAAGAGCAUACAACCUCUUUCGAAAACAGUCGAUCGCCAGGUCUUUACUGUGAUGUGACCGGUACAAAUUAAAAAAAAUAAUUAAAACAAACAGCAAUAUAUACACUAGACUCAUUCCCAAUUAAAAAAAAUACAAUAAAAGCCGUAAGGUGUGCAAGUGAGAAUUCUUAAUUUAAAACCUCGCGCGCAGUGUCGAAAAACGCGCGUAACGUUGUGUUCGAAAUAUCGUCUGUGACUUUUCUUUCUUUUCAAUUUCACUACGGAAGUUUGUGUUUUUUAAAACUCAUCGUUUUCACAAAAUCCAAGUUGGGGACUCCUACGAAUAGUUCAGAGAGGGUAGCGGCGGCGCGGUUUAGUGCGCGGCGCACGCGCAACAUGCUCUCCAGCAUCAAAGGCUUCUGGAAGGCGUGCCGGUAUGGAGAUCUCUACAUGGUGCUGGCGGCCCUCGCCGCGCAGUCUAUCAACAUCUCGGUGGGAUUCUGCCAAGGUUUCUCGGCAGUUCUGUUACCUCAGUACACGCACGAAUAUCCGGCCAUCUCUUACGAGCAGAGCUCAUGGAUUGCCAGUCUCGGUGUGAUAUCCAACCCCAUCGGGGCUCUGCUAGGCGGCAUGAUGGUGGACGCGGUGGGCAGACGUCUGCUCCUGCAGUCGAUCGUGCUGCCCAACCUCAUCGGCUGGCUGGUCAUCGCCUUUUCCGAGACCUAUGUCUUCCUAUGUGUGGGGAGGUUCAUCACUGGAUUUACUAUUGGAAUGUCAACAGUGUCAUACAUAUACGUAGCAGAGAUCACAACGCCAGAAAAACGUGGGGUGCUAAGCGCUCUAGGACCUGGACUAGUGUCUACUGGCAUAUUCAUCGUGUAUUCUCUGGGAGCCUUCGUGCACUGGCGUAAAGUUGCCGCCAUUUGUGCUGGAGUAUCUCUACUAACACCAUUCCUCAUGUAUUUCGUCCCGGAAUCACCACUAUGGCUAGCCUCCAAAGGACAGAUGAAAGAAGCUUACAACUCAAUGUUUUGGUUGAGACAGAACAAUAAUACCGCCCAACAGGAGUUAAUGGAAUUUACCAAAGACAGAAAAUCCGACGAAUCUAUGACUUUUAGACAAAAAAUGGGACUUUUUAAACGCAGAAGUGUCUUGAAACCUUUCGCUUUGCUGAUUGUCUUCUUUGUGUUCCAAGAAAUGUCUGGGAUUUAUAUAAUUUUGUAUUACGCUGUCGACUUCUUCAAAUCAGUUGGUACCAGUGUUAAUGAAUUUACAGCUUCUAUAAUAGUUGGUGGGGUCAGAGUUUUCAUGGGCGCAGUGGGGGCGUGUCUCAUCAAUAGUUUUAGACGAAAGACAUUGGCUGCUGCGUCUGGACUUUUGUUAGGAUUUGCUAUGCUCGGAGCGGCAAUAUGUGACAGUUUAAAUGGUCCCCCAUUAAUUAAGCUAGCGUGUGUUUUACUCCACGUUUCAUUCAGUAUGGUUGGAUUUCUCCAGCUCCCCUGGAUAAUGUCCGGGGAGUUAUACCCUCAGGAUAUAAGAGGAGUGAUGUCUGGUGCGACGGCAUGUUGCGCUUAUGUCCUCAUAUUCUUUAAUAUCAAAACUUAUCCUCAAUUAGAGUAUUUGUUGACGAGCAAUGGGACUUUGUAUCUUUUUGCUAUUUGCGCAAUAAUAGGCGCAGCAUAUUGCUACCUGUUCCUACCAGAGACUAAAGGCAAAACUCUGAAUGAGAUAAUGAGACAGUUUGACGAGGAAAAGAAAGAUGGAGAUCCAGAAAUAGGGUAUGUUAAAAAAGUAAUGGAAGGGAAGCCGGUGCAAAGAAGGCACAGUGCGGGGGCUUCUAUAUCAUUGGAAAAGGGAAAGGAGUUAGAUAAAGACUGGAUGCAAAAUACUUGCGAAAUACAUAGCAACGGCCAUCAUGAGUAGGAAUUACUUAGAGCACUGAGUAUAAGCUAUCAUGUUAACAAACGUUAUACUGGAAUUGUGUUGAUAUGUUUGUUGAAUAAAGUUGGUAUUGAAAAUCUGUAGAAGAUCCAAGGUCAUAGGUUAAACCAUUAGCAAGCUGAAGUGGUAAUGGGAUGCUUGUCUUAGGGGCGAUGGACGUUCGAGCCGAAAAGUCCUAGAAAGAGGCCUGUGAAAGCGUAGCCUAGAGCGCACGAUAGACUGACGAUAUUAAUAAGAGUGUGACAGG